GUUCUUCUGUUACGCUUGCGCAUGUGUGCAGCUCUACCUGUGGUACUUGAAUGCUUCACCUUUGGUUGCAUUAGACAACUAACAUGUUUAAUUUUUGGUUUCUGUUUCUUUAAUCAUUUUAUCCAAUUGUUGUAAAUAAAUUCACAUAUUAUUUUCUGGAUUUUCGGCCUGAAACAUGUUGCGAUAUCUGUUAAUUUUUAUUCUUCUCAAAAGUGCUUUUUGUGGUGAACCUGCCCUAUUGACUCAAACCGUCUAUGGAUUCCUGGAUUUUACAACAACAAUCGGGAACACUGUAAUGGUGUUCUCACCUCAAAGUUCUCCACAACUUGAACUUAACGCUAACAAAAGCAGUAAUCAUUUAAAUAUAAUUGAAACAAAGCCACAUCCGAAUAAAAAAGAUAAAGACAAAGAUGGUAUUCAGCCCACGCCUCUUAAUUCAAAUCUGAUCAAUAAUCAACCGAAGACAUUUUCAUCAAAAUUUCAAAAUGUCAGCAUAACAAGUUCGCCAAUCGAAACCUUUGCGAAUAUCCCGGAGUAUGAUCUACUCUCACGCCAGCCCGAAGAAUAUGCCGAAGAAACAUAUCGUGUAAUCAAUUUAAAAUCAAAGGCUGAUCCCGAUCGGCAGAGGAAUUUCCUCUCCAGAAGAGAUAGCCAUGGCCAUCCUACAGGGUUCAUAACUAAAAUAAGUGAAGUAUAUACAAGUAAUGGAUUGCCCACAGUUAGAGAGACGAGCGUGCUGGGAACAUAUAUAUCUGGAAAGUAUGCGCAAGUUCUUCAAUCGGCUUCUGCAACUAAUCCGGAAAGAAAGAGCAAAGUGCGCCCGUCGAAUGCCAACCGAACAACGAAGACUGUAACGCCUUCCAUUCAACCAAAUAGAUCAAUUAAAGAAACUUCCUCACAAGUACACGGUUUUACCAAAACUCAUCGAAAGAAUUCACAGAGUAAUCGAGAAACAGCAGAGAAACCAAGGACAAGCUCAAGAAAGUCUUCACGCAACAAGGGGAAAAGGCGACAUAAAACAACUCAAAACUCGAAAAUAACAAUAACUCCAUCCGUAAUAGAAACAAAUUCUCGUCGUUCGUUCCGUACAAAAACUGCAACAAUUUUAGCUGAAGAACCUACAACUCCUAGCCAGGGUACAUUUAAACUAAAUAGACGUCCUGGAAGAUGGCAGUAUAAAUCGUCACCAAAACCUAAAGUUAAUAUUAGAAAGACCUCCAAUACUACAGCAACAUCGAAUACCUCGCAAAACGAUACGGCUAAACCGGAGGACGAUAUCACAGAGAUUAAUGCGGAUAGUGAAAAUCAAAUAAACAAAAUGAUUGGUCUUGGAAGAGACCUUGAAGCAUCGGGUUCUCAAAAUGGUGCUGUGGCCAACAAUAACAAUAAUGAGGAUGUGAAAAAGAACUUUGUGCAAACAUUGAAUGUGGAAAUCUCAACACCUCAAAACUUUGUUGACACUUAUUACGAAAUUGCUACAAUUAAGAGUCCCUUUAUAUUCCAGGCAGGAGUUGUGAAAAAAACUCGCUUUAUAACCGUCACCUCGACCAUUGAGAAGGUUAUUAAAGAUGAUCACACAGAACCUUAUGCCGAAGAUGAUGGACCUUUAACUGAGAAUAUCUUGGAAUCGUCUACACAAAGCAGAGAAAAGGCUUUAGACGGUAGCGUCACCACAUUGAAACCCCUCUAUUGGGGCGAUACAUCUGAGACGCCCGUUUUGGAAACAAUCACAGAAUCGUUUUCGAUUACUCAAACGAAACUUAAAACCCAAAUCUUGCCAAUUAUUUUCGAAAAAAGUAAUGAAACCAUAGAGGUAACAUUGGUUCAAACUUACGAUUAUACCAGCCUUAUAACCGUCACCCAGACAAUUUCGCCUUUGGGUGAUAAUUUCAAUCCCUCCAAGAAUUUCAAAGACUUUGAAGGAAAUUUAGAUGAAGCUGGAUCUGAACUAAAUUUGGAUCUGGAGUUUGGUGACGAUGGCAAUUUGGAUAAAUUCGAUGAUAAAAUCAAAGGCAAAAAUAAGGUUGAUGUUAAAAACUUGACCAACAUACAAGUUCAGGACUCAAUUCUUAGCCCUGAGAAGAACAGUUUGCCAUUGGUGAAUUUCCUGAGUCAACCAAAUAAUGUACAAACUGUGACACGUCCAGUUUUAAAACUCGAAACUCUUUGGGAGUCCCAUGUAGUCCCACUUGUUCGAGGCUCAGACACGAUAUUGAGGACAUUAUCGAAAUCAGUGGGAGUCGUUGAGAAAACCGAAUAUGUCACAGAAGUCUCCACAGUGUCCUUACCGCCAUUGCAAACAUCACAAUAUCCAUUUUCGAUAAAUCCAUUCUAUAAUCCAUUAUUGCCCAUACCGCAGCAACAGUUGAUUACAUCAACUGAAAUUGUACAGACAACCGUAACGGAAACAAGCAGCAAGAUUCUAAAGUUAACAUUCGGAGCCAGGACCGCCUAUACGACAAUUUUCUCAACUGGAAUUGUUCCGACAUCGGUGACAAAGAUCAUUACGGCCACAGUGCCAAUGCAGCAACCCGGAUCCGGAUUCCCUAAUUACUAUCCUCCUCCAUAUCCACCAUUCGCUUAUGUUGGCUAAUACGUUAAUAAUUUCAUAUUACUUACUAUUAUUAUUAUUACUGCAUACUUUCACUCUCUUACUCUUUAAGCAAAAGCACCUCGAUUCACCACUUUUUGUUUGUGCAAUUAUAAGAAAUCCUGGAAAUUACUCAAAAUGGGCAAUCAAAUGUAUCAAAACUAGGAUAUAAUACUAACCCAAACAUUUUCACAAUUUUUG